AAGAAGUCUGUCUUGCAGCUAUGGCGCCGAUUACCCUGAGUCAGAUUGAUGAGGAUCUCAAGGACGUGAUCCAGAACUUCUUCGAGAUCCAGUCGGCCGUUCAUGGAUACCUGGGGCCGGAGACCCAACAAGAAUUAGUCAAGAAGCUAAAAUCCCUUACAGUCUCCCUUCAAACCCUCUCUGCUCACGCAGCACCUGACCCUUUCUACGUCCAAUCCCCACCAUCUCGAACGGGCCUCUCCCCCGCCGAUCCUCCUGUCCAAAGCAUCCAACUUCCACCCGAGAUCAUAGACUAUGUCGACGCGGCGCGCAAUCCGGACAUAUACACGAGAGAGUUUGUGGAGUUGGUACAGAAGUCGAAUCAGGAGUUGAAGGGGAAGAUGGAGGCGUUUGCUAGUUUUAGGGAUGUCUUAGCCAAGGAAAUGGCGAGUGCGAUGCCGGAGUGUAAGAAGGAGGUUGAGAGGGUGGUGAAAGCAACCGGUGGGAGUGUGGAUGCGGGAGGGUGCGGUUGAAAUAUGAUUGUUUUCAGGCAAGACAGGAUUGGAUGUUCUUCCACCUCCCCACCCCAAUAUUACAGCUAAUGAGGGCUGGGUUGAGUUUGGACAAGAACCAGGAGAUGACGGCUCCGUGCGUUGAUCUACGUCCCUAGUACGACGGAUCUCGCUGCCCAUGCAGGGCACUGGGGCUGGGGAGAAUUCUACCAUUGCGACCCGGCUACUCGAUGGAGUCAUGUGGGAUGGAAAGCGAUGGUCCCUUUAUGGCGAAUGCGAUAUACUAGGACGUUAGCUGAGAGAUUUGCUUACAUGAGGGCUCAUAUCUACAUAUGUGAGCAGCAUAGCUAGCAUUCUGUGCACCAUUUUGCCCCUAGUAACUGAUCACCUCUUUGGUACAGAUGCUUUGUGAAGCGUCAAGUAUCAAGCGGCCUUUUGAAAGGCUAAUUACUUUGAGCUCUAGUCUAUUCCCAAACGACCUUCU